UGGAAGGAACUGUACGGUGUAUUUAGCUGUUAGCAUAUGUCGAUGUUUUAACGCUUUGACAGUUUAGGGAAGAGUGAAUAAUUUACGUCUGGUAGAAAUACAGACAUAACGAGCCAUUAAAAUAUGGAAUACAAAAUUUUAAUCGUGAAUACCAUCCCUGCUGUGAAAGAUGCCUAGCGAGUGAAUGGUAGCUUGCUAGCUAACAAAGUAAACACGCUCUUGUUUCUCUCAGACAAGAAAAAAAAAGUUAAUGACAUUCAGGAUUGAGGAUAUUUGAUUGUCAGACCCAUAGAUACCAGGGAUGAAGAGAUCAACAAACCUGCGAGUGAACCAGCGAUCACACAGGCGGAACCGUGGUUAUCGGCAUAAUAGGUUCCAAGAUGAGGAAGCAGGGUCAUCUUACAGGGCUUCUGAGGGAACCAGUGAUGCUGCAAGCUCGACCUCAUCUUCGUCGUCUUCCUCCAAGGCCAGUAGUGCUGCACCUGAGCUGCCCGGGUUUUACUUUGAUCCAGAGAAAAAUCGUUAUUUUCGACUGUUGCCUGGACACAACAACUGUAACCCACUGACCAAAGAGCAGCUGCAGGAGAAAGAAAGGGAAAAACGUAGAGCUAUGCUGCUCACUGAGGAUAAUAAGGCCAGAAAAAAAGCACCAAGAGCUGGAGUGAACGCAGCACUGCUACUGCAGAAAAGACACCUCGGCCUGUUACCUGGGAACUCCUAUUGCAGGUUAGUUCAUGAAGUGAAGGCAACUGGAAUGAAACGCCACAGAAUGGCUAUUGAGGGUAUAGAUGACCCUAACACAGACACUUUCAGACUCAUAGUGGGGGAUUCGACAUCCGAGCGAGUGUUCAGCGUCAGCGACGUCUCUCACGGAGGCAGCAAGUACAGCGUUAUGAACCUUGGGAGCUGCAGACAAGGCACCCUCUCUGUGGAAAUGUGUGACAACCAACAUUUUACCAACCGUAAGGUGAACUCUGUCUGCUGGGCCUCAGUUUGUCACCCAGACUCUCACGUGUUGCUGUGUGUGAUGGGAGUUGGAAAGACCCCUGGCAGUGUCACUUUACUGCCUGCAUCCUUCUUCUGCAACUCCAGCCAAGAGCAGCCGUGGGUGGUAUGUAGCUUCAGGAUCUAUACAGCGUGGUCCUGUGCUUGGUGUCUCAACCCUCAGGCAGACAAGACCUUCAGCACAGGUUUGUCCAAUGGGGUUUUGGUGAGAGAUACAGAAACGGGCCAGACAAAGACAUUUGAUGUGGCUAGCGACGUCCUCGCACAGCAGUUUGCUGUCAGGACUCCUCUGCUGUACAAUGGUUGCCGCUCGGGGGAGAUUUUCAGCAUUGACCUGCGUCAGAAAAGCCACUGGAACUACAACUGGAAAUCCACCCAGUUCCACCAGGAGUCAGCAGUUACCUCCAUACGCAUCCUACAGGAUGAGAACUACCUGCUGGCUGCUGACAUGCUGGGCCAGAUCAAAUUGUGGGAUGUGCGAGUGACAAAGUCAGUGCUGCAGUACAAAGGGCACUACAAUGAGCACACCUGCCUCCCCAUCCACGUCAAUGAGCCAGAGGGGCUGCUGCUGGCAGUGGGCCAAGACUGCUACACGAGGCUAUGGAGCUUAAGGGAUGGCCACUUGCUCAGGACCAUCCCAUCCCCUCAGCCAGCUGCCAAGGACCUGAUCCCCAGCGUGGUUUUCUCCUCCCAGCUGGGUGGCCACAGGGGGCUUCCUGGCCUCCUAAUGGCUGUCAAACAAGAUGUGUACUACUACCCAUACAUCGCUGACUAUCAGGAGGGAGGGGAGCAGUAGUCUGCUUCCUAAGGGAGGACUCUACGCUGACUGCGAUCAGUACAAAGAGACCAUUAGCUGACAUCAUUCAGAGCUGAAGUACUACAUUUUAUGUAGCCCGGUUUAAAAAGGUGAACAUAGGUGGUAGCUACCUCUCAAAAUAUAACUAAAGCCCCAAGAGACAGAGCUGCAAAUCUACAUAAACAACACUCUGUGCCCUCUAGCUGAACCCAUGAGCCAAUUUGCAGUUCAUGGCCGAGAGUUUGUACUGUACUUAACAUCUCAUUAGAAGAAUGCUUUCGUCAAGGGAGUUCUUGAAACUCAGGAGAAAUUAUUUUUAUGCAGACGUGUUUGUGCCAACAGGAAACACCAAUGCUUCAUUUGUGUGUUUUGUUCAAUGAAAGUUCCAAAUAUAAAGCAAAUUUGAUUUACAAUUUUUUUUAUAUUAGAUUUGGGCUGAUUUGAUGCUUCAAAAAAGAUACUGUUUAUAAUUAAAGAUAUUCUUA